AUGAUGUCAAGACGGCUUCAAACUGCCGCGCGAGUUCUGCGCCGGCCCAUGCAGCAGCAGCUCCUGCGAGGGACAAUUCCCUUGCCGCUACUCAUGACGCAAGUUCGCACCUAUGCCCAUACCAUCGUCAAAGUCCCUCAGAUGGCAGAAUCUAUUACCGAGGGUACCUUAAAACAAUGGAACAAAAAAGUUGGCGACUAUGUCGAGCAGGACGAAGAGAUUGCUACCAUUGAAACUGACAAGAUCGAUGUCGCCGUCAACGCCCCCGAGUCUGGAGUAUUAAAAGAGCUGCUUGCCAAUGAGGAAGAUACUGUCACCGUCGACCAGGAGAUUGCAAAGAUCGAGGCUGGAGCAGCGCCUGAGGGUGGUGCAAAGUCUGAGGGUGCCGAGGAACCGCCGAAAAAGGAGGAGGCUUCCACCGAAUCACGCCCGGCACCUUCAGAGGGAGAGAACAAGCCAGAGCCACCUAAGUCUGAGUCGAAACCUGAGUCUAAGCCGGAACAAUCCAAGCCACAGCCGCCCGCCCCUGCACCCAAGAAGGAGUCUGCACCGAAACAGUCUCAGCCAGCCAAGGAUAGUUCGGCUAUUACUGGCCCCGUCCUAGGGAGCCGAGAGGAGCGACGUGUUAAGAUGAACCGUAUGCGCCUUCGCAUUGCUGAGCGCCUAAAGCAAUCGCAGAACACGGCUGCGUCGUUGACAACUUUCAACGAGGUUGACAUGUCGUCAUUAAUGGAGUUCCGCAAGCUCUACAAGGACGAGGUGCUCAAGAAGACUGGUGUUAAGCUUGGUUUCAUGAGCGCAUUCUCGCGCGCGAGCGUUUUGGCCAUGCGAGAUAUCCCUGCUGUAAACGCCUCUAUCGAGGGGGAGAAUGGUGGCGAUACUAUCGUAUACCGGGACUACGUCGAUAUCAGCGUAGCUGUUGCCACCGAGAAGGGUCUGGUUACUCCUGUUGUCCGCAAUGCCGAAUCCAUGGAUAUGGUUGGAAUCGAGAAGGCUAUCGCGGACAUGGGCAGGAAGGCCCGAGAUGGUAAACUUACGAUUGAGGACAUGGCUGGUGGUACUUUUACCAUCAGCAACGGCGGUGUCUUUGGCUCUCUGAUGGGCACCCCUAUCAUCAACCUACCGCAAAGCGCUGUAUUAGGUCUCCAUGCCAUCAAGGAGAGGGCUGUUGCUGUGAAUGGCAAGGUCGAGGUUCGACCCAUGAUGUACCUUGCCCUAACGUAUGACCACCGUCUACUCGACGGCAGGGAAGCCGUUCAGUUCUUGGUCAAGGUCAAGGAGUACAUCGAGGAUCCCCGCAAGAUGCUGUUGGGCUAA